UCCUUGUCGGUUUCCAUUGUAAACAAGACUAGGAACCGCAGGAUGUCGAGUUCAACAUUAAUGGUCGCCGCGAUCGAUUUAGGAACUUCGUUUUCUGGAUACGCAUUUUCGACGAAUGCUGAUUUUAUAAUCAAUCCAUUAGACGUUUUUACAAGUCAGGAUUGGUCAAAUGAAGUUGUAUCCAUCAAAUGUCCCACUUGCAUUUUGUUUGAUGAAUAUAAAAAGUUGAAGUCGUUUGGUUAUGACGCUGAAGAUGACUACACAGAUAUUGUAAUGGAGAAAAGACAGAAUGAGUAUUAUUUCUUCAAGAACUUCAAAAUGACUCUUUAUACACAAAAGGUUAUUACAAACGACUUCAUUAUAGAAGAUGUAACAGGUAAAUCAAUGUCAGCCAAACAAGUCUUUUCCGUCUCGAUUAAGUUUUUGAUGGACCAUUUUUUGCGUAAUCUGGAGACAAGAGGUCUGUUAGGAAAAUUAGUUAUGGAAAAUAACAUUAGAUGGGUGUUGACAAUUCCUACGAUAUGGUCAGAACCUGCAAAGAAAUUCAUGCGAACAUGUGCAGUAAAGGCUGGGUUAGGAGAGAAUCCAAACAUUGCCCUUGAACCAGAGGCUGCUUCGUUAUUUUGUCAGUUAUCACCAUUUUGCUCAACACCAAGAGACGUAAGACAUGAUACAGGUCCUGGUUUAAAAUUCAUGAUAGUUGACAUUGGAGGCGGCACUACAGAUAUUGUUGUUCAAGAAAAACUGUUGGACGGAAGAUUGAAAGAUUUAAAUAAACCUAGUGGGGAUCAUUGUGGUGGAACAUGUGUUGAUAAUGAAUUUAUGAAGGUCGUAUCUCAAAUUCUUGGUGAAGAUGUGAUAUAUAAAUUUAAAAGUGACUAUCUGGAAAACUAUAUAGAAUUACAAAGAGCUUUGGUACAAGUUAAAAAAGCAGAUCCAGAUAAAAAUAUACGAAUGACCAUACCUUUUGUUGCUCUCGAUAAAAUUUGCAAUGAACACUGUAAAAAGAGUUUCUUUGACGUCUUGAAAAAGUCGAAAUAUAAAAAUACAGUUACAUAUCUGAACCAUACGGAUAAAUUACAAUUUUCUAAAGAGUUAUUUUUGUCUUUAUUUAACACAACUACCUCAAAAAUAGUUGAGUUGAUAAGUCAGAACUUGGAAAACCCUGAGUGCAAAGAAUUGUCGAUGAUAUUUCUUGUUGGUGGGUUAUCCGAAUCAAAAGUUGUUCAAAAUACCAUAAAGAAAGCAUUUCCAGACAAAACAGUGGUCAUAAUACUCAACAGCAUUACUGCAGUACUCAGAGGGGCUGUAAUAUAUGGACAUGAUCCAAAUAUAAUCGCUUCAAGGAUUGUUAAACUCUCAUACGGAAUUUCAAGCAGUCAAAGAUUUGAUCCUUCAAAACAUCAAGAGAGGCGUGCUGGCAUUGUUGAUGGUGUAAAACGUUGUCGAGAUACAUUUCAUAGUUUAAUUUCAGCCAACACACCAGUUGUUGUGGGAGAAAAACGAUCACAUACAUUUCAUACAAUACAACCAUUUCAGGAUAUUGCUACUUUUCGUUUAUUUUCAUCUCCACAUGAAAAUCCUGUGUAUAUUGACGACAAAGAUUGUAGACACUUUGCUGACUUUAAGAUCGAUAUUCAGAACCCAUCAAAAGACAGAAUUGAUAUAGAUGUUGAUUUUCAAUUUGGACUUACUGAGCUUGCUGUAACAGCAAAACAAAAAGGAACCGAAAAUAAAUCAAACAUUUCAAUAAAGUAUAAGUAACUAUU